AUGGCUACAAUUCCACAAAAAAUCGCGACAACCGCACUAAAAUCGGUAAUAAGUAAAACUAUUAAAAGCCAUCACCACAACAACAGUGACGUUUCCCAAACAGAACUCGCAAACUCACGACCAAAUAACACAACAUCAGUACCAAACGCCAUCAACAAGGGACGAAAAAAGAAUAAAUAUAAUUUACCACCUGGUCUCACAAAACAAGAAGCAAAAAUAUUGAAAUCAGUGCGAAGGCGAGCGAGAUUUUAUGAUGAAAAUUUUUGUUCUUGUGGUUGUUUCUCGAUUGGUCUUGAUCCGUUGUUGGGGCUUCUGCCGGUGAUUGGUGAUUUCAUGGGUACUUUUCUCUCGUUAAUGUUAGUGAAAACUGCAAGACAAGCAGAUUUACCCACCAUCAUAGUCUCCAAGAUGAUGGUAAAUGUCUGUAUUGAUUUUAUGAUGGGACUAAUACCGCUACUAGGUGAUUUAGCAGAUUAUGUAUAUAAAUGUAAUACGCGUAAUGCGGACAUAUUGCACGAAUACCUUGAAGAUCGAGCGAAGAAUAGAUCAUUAGUGUUGGAAGAAGGGUCGGUCGAGAUACUCGAACGACUUCCUCAAAUACCUGAAGAAGGUACUUCUAACAAUGGGAAAAUCGAAAGAUGA